AUGUCCGUCAACGAGGGUGCCGACUUCAAAAUUGAAGAUGGGGAUCACGGCACAGGACUUCCGGCAGCACCCUCUGGCAGUGGACAGACCUUGCAUUUAGCGGGCUGUAUUGUUGCCAACGAAGCGAAGGGCCAAGAAGAAUAUGCGCAAAUGAGAGAGGAUUUCACAGCUUUCUUCGAAAACAAUCCAAUCCACGAGCUGUAG